CAUCACUCCACGCGCCGGCCUCGUUUUUGCUCAUUGUUUCGCGCCGCAUCUUCGCUGUCUCGCCGCACCAUGCGGACUGUCAUUCCUUCCAUGUCCCUCUGAUCGCGUUGCGGUCACCGUCAUUCCUUCCAAGAUGCGGCAUCUCGGCCCGCUAGCUCCGGCGCUCCCGCUCCGGCCCCGUCUCCGUCUCCCGCUCCGGAUCUCGCUCUCUCUCCUCGUCCCGCUUCUCUUCUCCGUCUUGGCCCACACCGCUGCAGCCAAGUCCAAGACAGUCUGGGUCACGCCCCAUGCCAGCUUCUCGUCGUCCAUCGGCGUGCUGGGCUGCAAAAUCGACACCGAUCGCGUCGCCUACUGGCCCAUGGCCGUCGACUGCGACAACAUCUGCGUCGCCCUCACCUACGCCGACCGCACCGUCCACCUUCUGCGUAUCGACCAGUCCGAGGGCGCCUACGACGUCAGCUACGAUGCCUGGAACUAUCUCUACACUGGCUAUGCGGCCACCGACAAGCCCACUGCCGGCGGCGCCAUCGAGAUGACCUACGAGGCCGUCGACGCGUCCAAGUGCGACGACCUCAUCGACACCAAGGGCAAGAAGCUGCCUCUCAGCGCCGCCAACAGCAUGAACUACCUCGCCAGCUGCCUCGAUCAGAACGACACCUACGUCGGCGAAAACUACAUUCUUUACAACAUCCUCGACUCUCUUUGCACCAUGGGCUUCGACGAAACGUGCACCCUCGACUACCCAGCUCAGAACCAGGCCUCGUGUCCCCACACCCUUGGGCUCUCAGCCGUCUUGAACAACACGCCAGUGUACAACAUCAUGUAUCCCACCGGGGAAAAAGUCCUGGCGUCAACAGGCGAAGUUGUCAACGAUACCGCCGACGACACCAGCAAUGCUGACGAGGAGUCGCGUGCUCCUCUCACCCCAUCCGCCUUCAGCUUGAUGCUGUUGAUGCUGGUCUCGUGCUUCCUGUACGCCAGCUGAGCUCACGCCACAAACACAAUCAUUUCUAUCAAUGGGUUCAGGCAACAGAAUUAUCAACAAGCGCAGCCCAGGAUGGCACAAUGAGCACUUUUGGGGUGGAUGUUUGUUCAAGCCAUGGUUUUGCUGAUUACGGAGUUGAGGGGCUUUGGGGGUUCGAGGUUUGGUGCAGUCGUGAUACCCAGUUUUUCCCUUCUCAUGAACCUCACAAUUAGUUCUAUUCUGUACACUCCUUCACUAUGCUGCUCUCUCCGUCAGUAUUGGAAUUUCGGAGAGCUGGAAUCACUCUUUUACAGCUACGAGCAUGAGCACUUGACGACAGGGAUUUAUACCAAGUUAACACUUAAUUUCAAUAGUAUAUAUAGUACAAUGUUGAUAAUGUUUUACACGUCA